AUGGCUAUUGUCAGCACAGCACCCCCUAGUUUCUUUUUCUUUCCGGAGAAUGAAGCCGUGGACCCAGUGAUAGUACUUCAUUACAAUUAUACUGGAAAGCUUAGCCGUGGAAAAGAAAAAAAACUGACCAUCAUUGCACUUCUCAUUAUCUGUGGCUUUAUCAUCCUGGAGAACCUAAUGGUGCUGAUUGCCAUCUGGAAGAACAACAGAUUUCACAACCGCAUGUAUUUUUUUAUUGGCAACCUGGCCCUCUGUGACCUGUUGGCGGGAAUAGUCUACAAAGUGAACAUUUUGAUGUCAGGAAACAAGACCUUGACUUUGUCUUCCAGGAUCUGGUUUGUUCGGGAAGGCAGCAUGUUUGUGGCGCUGGGUGCUUCUACAUUCAGCUUGUUGGCUAUUGCCAUCGAACGGCAUUUGACCAUGAUCAAAAUGAGGCCAUACGAUGCAAAUAAAAAGUACAGAGUUUUCCUGCUUAUUGGAACGUGCUGGCUUAUCUCUCUUUCUCUGGGAGCUUUGCCCAUCCUUGGUUGGAAUUGUAUUGGCAAUUUAAGAGACUGUUCCACCAUUUUACCACUAUACUCCAAGAAAUAUGUGGCGUUUUGCACCAUUAUCUUCAUAGCCAUCCUAGUGGCCAUUGUAAUCCUCUAUGCCCGCAUUUACAUCCUGGUGAAAUCAAGCAGUCGGAAUGUCACCAAUCACAACAACUCGGAGAGGUCCAUGGCAUUGCUGAGGACUGUUGUGAUCGUUGUUGGGGUUUUCAUUGCCUGCUGGUCCCCCCUGUUUAUUUUGUUGCUGAUUGACGUGGCCUGCAGAGUGAAAGAGUGCUCGAUUUUGUAUCAAGAAGAUGGCUUCAUAGCUUUGGCGGUCCUCAAUUCAGCCAUGAACCCCGUCAUCUAUACUCUGGCAAGCAAAGACAUGCGCCGAGCCUUCUUUCGCCUGGUGUGUGGUUGCCUGGUGAAGAACAAUGUUGCCAUGUCUUUGCCUAUCCAGCCCACCCCGGAUCAGAGUCGAAGCAAAUCCAGCAGCAGCAACACACCGAAACUGAAUGAUAACUUUGUGCAAACCAAAAGUUUGUCGUGCAUCACUGAAAAGAAUAAACCUCCAUUUUAUAAUGGAAACGUCUGCAAGUGA